AUGGAGAACACGUUGGGUCUUCGAAGUGACCUGGAGGAGCUCGAGUCCUUGUUAAAAGUUGCCAGGAGACCAUCCAUCAUCCGUAUGCUCACUGAGCAAUGCCAGCGACUGCGCGAUCAGAUCCAAGAGGCGGAAAAGUUGGAGAAGUGCGCUGCACAAGGCAGGCCCACAGCAGAGGUCUUCAAUACAAUUGAUCGGUUUGCUUGGGAUCAAACGCCGGCGCUUGUAAAGGUUUACGUACAUCUGGACGGCCUGAACGACCUUUCGCCAGACGCGACGUGUGUGCGCUUCGAGGAAAAUAGCGCAGAGCUGGUGGUACGGAACCUGCGGCAGAAGAAUUAUACUCUCAAAUUCAGUCCUCUUUAUGCUCCAGUCGACACAGAGAAGUCCAACUUCACUGUUAAACGCGACACUGUAACCAUCCGCCUGGCAAAACUGCGCCCAGGAGAACACUGGGACUCCGUAGCAAAGGCAACUCAAGCAAACGCAAUGCCAAAGCUUGAUCCGUCUGCCGAUCCAUCGGAGUCCAUAAUGAGCAUGAUGAAGAGCCUAUACAACGAAGGUGACAGCGAAAUGAAAAGGACAAUCGCAAAGGCCUGGACGGAGUCUCAAGAGCGGAAGAUGAAAGGCAUCCAACCUGGAGACGGCAUAUUCUGA